AUGUUGAAGUACUUGGUUCAACGAAGGUUCACUUCUACAUUCUACGAGCUGUUCCCAAAGACUUUCCCUAAAAAACUACCGGUUUGGACCAUAGAUCAAUCCAAAUUAAGGAAGGAGUAUAGGCAAUUACAAGCGCAGCACCACCCAGAUAUGGCUCAACAAGGUAGUGAACAGUCGUCAACGCUUAACCAAGCUUACCAUACGCUCAAAGAUCCCCUCAGAAGGUCGCAAUAUAUGCUAAAGCUCUUGCGCAAUAUCGAUUUGACGCAAGAACAGACUUCACAUGAGGUCACUACCAGUGAUCCACAGCUCUUAUUGAAAGUUCUAGACAUCCAUGAUGAAUUGUCUCAGAUGGAUGAUGAAGCUGGUGUGAAGCAAUUAGAAAAAGAAAACAAACAAAGGAUUCAGGAUAUUGAAGCCCAGUUGGAACAAUGCUACAAUGACAAGGAUUACGCCGCUGCGCUGAAAUCAACCGUGGAGUUGAAGUAUUGGUACAACUUGGCCAAGGCAUUCAAAGACUGGGCUCCGGGAAAACCGUUGGAAUUGAAUCAUUAA